UCUGUAUCUAGGUUUUAUUUUAGACACAGCUCCGAAAAAACCAUCAAUACAGAGUUUUUUUACUGCUUACAUUCUAUUCCCUUUGCGUCUCAGCAGUUUAAAGGCGAGAAACGCUUAUAAUAACAAAAUGGAGUUCGAACUUGAAAAUCAACAACAACGAUCGGAAGAGGAAAUUGAAAAGAUAGUGAACGAAGAGUACAAAGUGUGGAAGAAGAACUCGCCGUUCCUCUACGACCUUGUCAUCACACAUGCGCUUGAGUGGCCAAGUUUAACUUGUCAAUGGUUCCCUACUGUUGAAAAUGUUCCGGAUAAGAACUAUAAAGUUCAAGAGCUAUUACUGGGAACACAUACCAAUGACGACGAGCCAAAUUAUCUUCAGAUUGCAUCCGUCAAACUUCCAACCUUUGACAAUACAACAGACGAUACGUCUAUGGAAGACGUGAAUGUCGAUGAAAACGAUACAUUCAUCAAAAUCACGCAGAAGAUUCUACAUGACGGAGAAGUAAACCGCGCGCGUUAUCAACCUGGAAAUCCAAAUAUCAUAGCUACCAAAUCCAGAAUUGGAGAUGUUUAUCUAUUUGACCGUACAACCUUUGACGCUAGACCCAAAGAUAAUGAAACUUUUAACCCCACAAUGAGACUGAUUGGACAUGACAAAGAAGGUUAUGGUUUAGCUUGGAAUCCUCACAAGCAGAAAGGCAGCCAUUUGAUCAGUGCUGGUUUUGAUUCAAAAAUUUGCCAAUGGGAUAUAAAUGGUACAACCAGAGAAAAUCAUGAAUUAGAACCCGUUCGUACUUAUAGAGCACAUAAUGCUGGUGUUGAAGAUGUAGCAUGGCAUACCAAAUUUGAAAAUAUUUUUGCAUCUGUGGGUGACGACACUCGACUGAUGAUUUGGGAUGUCCGAAAUAAUUCAACCAAACCCACACAUAAUAUUCAAGCACAUGAAGCUGAAGUCAAUUGCGUUGCCUUUGCGCCAGGAAGUGAGUGGAUUCUAGCAACAGGUUCCAGUGACAAAAAUGCAGAGUUAUGGGAUUUGCGUAACUUUAAACUACCUAUCCAUACUUUUAGAGCGCAUCAAUCAGAAAUCCUUCAGUUAGCAUGGUCACCUCAUCAUGAUGCAGUUUUAGCCACCGCCAGCAGUGAUAGAAGAAUUCUUAUCUGGGAUCUAUCCAGAAUUGGUGCCUCUCAAUCUGCUGAAGACGCCGAAGAUGGACCUCCAGAGCUUUUGUUCAUGCACGGUGGUCACACCAAUAAAAUUUCUGACUUUGAUUGGAACCCUGUGGAUCCUUGGGUCCUAGGCAGCACGGCUGAUGAUAAUAUUGUUCAAGUUUGGCAACCCGCAAGUCAUAUUUGUAGUCCAUCUCAUCAAUCAGAAGCUUCUCAAGAAAAAAUGUCAGCAAGUGAAGGCCAGCCUCAACAAACAAAAUCAGUAGAGAAACAGACAGAAAAGGACGAGGAUACAGAAAUGACUAGUGCUAAUCAAAACGUUAAAACAACACCAUUAUAUCUGCCGCAACAACAAUCUACCACCGCUGCUGUAGCCGCUACUAUUGCCAUGUCACAGGCCAUUGCAGCGGGUACUACGACUUCUUCAAAUACUAUCACAUCCACCAAUGAUAAUAAUGAGCCAUCGGAUGAUAAUAGAGUAACCAACAAUGAUCUACUGUCAAAUAGCAAUACAACCAUGGCUAACUCUAUGGUGUCUCCGAAAUCACAGGUUGCAGAUGAGGAUGUAACAAUGGGAAGUUAAAACUUCCGUAGUCAUAACUUGUUAAUUGUUUUUGGAAGUCAAUAAUAAAAGCCCAACAGAUAUAUAUAUAUAUAUAUAUUCCAAGCAUGCUUAGCUCUGACAUUUCGGUGGCAUUUGACAGUAUCUUCAUG